UUUUACGGUUCUCCAAGAAAGGAAAGAAAAGGAAAGUUUAUUCAGGAGGUUAUCCAUCCAUAACAAAGAAAAAUGGUGAAGAUCUGUUGCAUUGGAGCCGGGUAUGUCGGUGGACCUACCAUGGCUGUGAUUGCUCUCAAGUGUCCAUCAAUUGAGGUGGCUGUUGUGGACAUCUCUGUAACUCGCAUCAAUGCCUGGAACAGCGACCAGCUCCCCAUCUAUGAGCCAGGUCUUGAUGGAGUUGUUAAGCAGUGCAGAGGAAAGAACCUCUUCUUCAGUACCGACGUAGAGAAACAUGUUUCAGAGGCUGAUAUAGUCUUUGUUUCAGUCAACACCCCAACUAAAACUCGGGGUCUUGGAGCAGGCAAAGCUGCAGACUUGACUUACUGGGAAAGUGCAGCUCGAAUGAUAGCAGAUGUAUCAAAAUCAGACAAGAUUGUUGUUGAGAAAUCAACUGUUCCGGUGAAAACAGCUGAGGCAAUUGAGAAGAUUCUGACCCACAACAGCAAGGGUAUCAACUUCCAAAUUCUCUCAAACCCAGAGUUCCUUGCCGAGGGAACUGCAAUCCAAGAUCUCUUCAACCCUGACAGGGUUCUUAUUGGUGGCCGGGAAACUCCAGGAGGCCAGAAGGCGAUCCAAGCUUUGAAGAGUGUGUAUGCUCAUUGGGUGCCUGAAGACCGAAUUAUCGCCACCAACCUCUGGUCUGCUGAGCUUUCAAAGCUUGCUGCCAAUGCUUUCUUGGCCCAGAGGAUUUCAUCAGUCAAUGCUAUGUCAGCUCUCUGUGAGGCCACUGGAGCUGAUGUUUAUGAGGUGGCUCAUGCUGUUGGUAAGGAUACAAGAAUUGGGCCCAAGUUCCUCAAUGCCAGUGUUGGUUUUGGUGGUUCUUGCUUCCAGAAGGACAUCCUCAACCUGGUGUACAUCUGUGAGUGCAAUGGUCUCCCUGAAGUAGCAAAUUAUUGGAAACAGGUCAUCAGCAUGAAUGACUACCAGAAGAACCGUUUUGUGAACAGGGUUGUCUCCUCCAUGUUCAAUACAGUUUCAGGCAAGAAGAUUGCAGUGCUUGGGUUUGCAUUCAAGAAGGACACGGGGGACACAAGGGAGACACCUGCCAUUGAUGUGUGCAAGGGACUGGUGGGAGACAAGGCCCAAUUGAGCAUCUAUGAUCCUCAAGUGAAUGGAGAUCAGAUCCAGAGGGAUCUAUCAAUGAAUAAAUUUGACUGGGAUCACCCUCUUCACCUGCAGCCAAUGAGCCCAACCUCUGUGAAGCAAGUGAGUGUGAGUUGGGAUGCCUAUGAAGCAACAAAGGAUGCCCAUGGUAUCUGUAUUUUGACAGAAUGGGAUGAGUUCAAAACACUUGAUUACCAGAAGAUCUAUGAUAACAUGCAGAAGCCAGCCUAUGUGUUUGAUGGGAGAAACAUUGUGAAUGUGGAGAAGCUGAGGGAGAUUGGUUUCAUUGUCUACUCCAUUGGUAAGCCCCUGGAUCCAUGGCUCAAGGACAUGCCUGCUGUGGCAUAAAAGGGUAGGGAAGGGAAGAAGCCUAUGUGGGUUAUUAGAAGUUGAAAAUGUUGAUUCUUUAAAUUCUUUCUCCCCUUUAUAUUGCUUUAGUUAUGGAUGUGUUCAGAUGUUUCUUUUGCUUAGUUAGCCUGAGUUGAGUUACCUUAUACCUCCAUCCUUUGGGAUUUUUAAUGUUUUACUCUGUAGUGAAUGCCUGAAUCGCUGUGUUUAUCCUAUUUCACUUAAUAUUGUACUAAUAUAAAUUGGAUUCGGGUAAUUU